CGGUCUUGCCUCUUGCACAACCGAAGACACGUCGUUCAAGGUUGCAAAUUGAAGAAGAAAUUACAAAAUGUUGAAUUUAGCUCGUCUUCCAAACAAAUUAAAGCCUUCUCAUGUAAGUAUUGUGUGUGUGGUUUAAUGUAAUAUUUGGUAACUUUAGACAGAUUGAUAGAAAUGAAAAACAAUUGAAUAUAGUACACAGUACUACACACGACAUGUGCGGUAUAUACUACACAUUUGUACAAACUCCAUGGUAUAAAAUGACCGUUAUGUACACGCGUUAGUAUAAUACUUAAAUAGCCUUUACGGAGAUUGGGGUUAGAUUUAGAUACAGUUAUAGAAUAAACGGCCAUUUAAACAUAAUUUGCAAUUUUGCAUAUGAUUAUAAAAUUUUUGUGGCAUUGACAUUUGGAAAUUAAUGUUGUUUAAUAUUCGAACAUCAGGGUAUCCCGUAUCCAUAGGCCUUGAAAAUCCUGGAAGGUCCUUCUAUUUGCAAAAAAUAGUAGAUCCAUGCCGGGAAAGUUAUUGAGUAAGUUCUGGAGUAUGUAUCUUCCCAGCUUGCGUUGUGGGCUGGUAGCUAUAUAGGUGGGUCAGGGGUAAAUGACCCUUAACUGUUUGAAAAAUAUACAGUUCAUGCUGACUGGAAAGUUUGGAGCUUGUGUACCUUAGAUUUAAAAAAUUUAAUAGUAAAACACUGUAGGUUAUGUAAAAGUAGGUUAAUUAUGUAAUUGUAUACUUUAAUGAUAUGCUAAUUGCUACAAUUAAGUGGCAAUUAGGGAAGUGUGAGGGUAACAACAGCAAACAAUUGGUAAAAUAUUGUAACCUGCUAACAGGUUUGAUGUGUAUAAAUUUAGAUAAAAACAAUAGUGGAGGCAUCGCUUAUUAAUUCAGUGUUAUUAUUGGAGGAAAUCUAAACUAAACUACUUUAUUUCAUGCUAGUACGAAACUGUACUCUUUUGUCAGUUUUCUUUCAUUUUAAAAUUUAUUUUAAAUUCAUUUCAGCUGUGGUUAUCAACCAGGCUUUUAACCAAUGGUGCAGUGGUGAGUGACAAAUUUAUUAUAUUUGUAUUAUUAAUUUGUUAUUCUUUAAUUAAUUUGUUAUUCAAAUAAUAUGAUCAAAUGGUCAAAUCAUUUUUCUCUUUAUGUCUUGAUAGUAUAUGUAAAUUAUGUUUCUUUUCCUAUAGCCAACAACAAAACUUCUUAUUGAUGGAAAAUUUAUUGAUUCCAAAACUGAAGAUUGGCUACCUAUUCAUAAUCCUGUAAGUUUGAAAAAUCUGUGUUGGAACGAAUAGUUGAAAAAAUACACUGUUUGUGAAAUGCACAUUGUGUGAUAAAUCAAAACAAAAGUAUAAUACAGUUAGAACAACUUGUUAUAGAAAAUGUCAAAAAUUUUGCUUGACUAUUGUUUUAAUUUAGGCAACUAACGAGGUCAUCAGCAAUGUGCCGAAGACAACUCAAGCUGAAAUGAAAGCGGCAGUUGACUCCGCUUCAAAGGCUUUUGAGUCGUGGUCACAAUCGUCUAUCCUCUCUCGACAACAGAUUUUAUUUGCAUAUCAAGGGCUGGUUAAAAGUAACCUGGUAAUGUUAUAGGAGUUCUUAUUCUAACAUGAGUUCAUGUUCGUGAUGCCUGUGGUGUUUUUGCUGCUUUUGUUGUUAGUGCUCUUGGUGGUCUGUCAGAAGUUUUAUAUACUUAUUUUGUUGUGUAGAAAGAAGUUGCUCAAUCAAUCACUCUUGAGCAGGGCAAAACAUUGGCUGAUGCAGAAGGCGACGUUCACAGAGGAUUACGUAAGUGCAGUAGAUCACAAGUUGAAGAUAUUGCCCUUUAUACUGGAUCCCUGGACAAUGAUGUAGAAGAUCUAUUAUAUUCAAUAUAAAAUACUACAGGAGGAAACGGAAGUACCUACAUAAGAAAACCUGUGUUUGGUAAAGUCCAGGCUUGCCAAGGUGUGGUGCAUAAAAUGAGGGAGAUUACAAUAUUUGUGAUUUUUCUGCAUGUGACGUGAGCUGACAAUAAACAUGAGUUCAACAAAAUCUCUAGCGGAGACUAAGGGAUUGCUGUGGGUGCUUCGUUUAAAAGAGAACUUUGAAAAUAAAGACUGUAUUCAAAGCACUCUUGCUCAGCUGUACAACACAUAUCAAUCAACAUGUGUCUAGAUAAUUUAUUAGUUUUUUUCUGGUAGCACUCCCAACACUACUGUGUUGCAGGUAAAACACAAGGAAUGUGGGAGAUUUCUUCAAAUUGUCUUCAUGUGGGAGGGAGAUGAUUAAUGACUCCAAAAGGCAGGGAGUCUCCAGCAUUUUGGAGACUUGGUAGGUCUGCAAGUCAAUCUGGAAACACUCUUCUCAAACGGAAAUAAAAUGAAAUUAUCUGAUCAGAAACUACAUAAUUAUUACAAGAACUGAACACCUGCAUUCACAAAGGUGAAUGGUACUGACCAGUAUGUGAUGAAAAGCAUUUGACAAGUUCCAAAUAUUCCUUUCAGAGGUUGUUGAGCAUGCAUGUUCAAUCACAUCACUGCAACUUGGUGAGACCUUGCCUUCCAUAACCCAAGACAUGGAUAUGUAUUCAUAUCGUUUUCCACUUGGUGUUUGUGCCGGAAUUGCACCGUAAGUGCUGCGCUAUUUUUAUACCUGAGUCGUUGUUUACACCUCAAUGAUUUCUGUUAAAAGUGAGCUAUAAAUUACAUUUUUAUCUUUCCUUAGGUUCAAUUUUCCAGCCAUGAUUCCACUCUGGGUGAGUUUCCAUAUUUCACUUUAUUUUUAGGUUCAACUUUCCUGCUUAAUACCGCUCAUGGUAAGUUUCUGAAAAAACUUAACGAAAAUUAGCAGCAUAGUAAGAUCUUCAGAGGGUAACUGCCUGGCCUGGAAAUUAGGAAUUUGAUUGAGUCUGAGAUUAAAUGAUGGCUUUGUAUAUGUGUUUCAUUCCAUUUCUUUCAUUUUUGGUGGGCAAAGUAGAAUGUGUACCAUGCUUAUCUGUAUCUGAAAUUGCAUUGCAAGUUGCAGCCUGUAAAAUAUGGCUUAAUUUACACUUACUGCUUAAAUAAUUACUAUUUAUUUAAUAUAACAUCAUUAACUUAACAUUGCAAUUAUUUAAGAUGUUUCCACUGGCUGUGGUCUGUGGUAAUACGUUUGUCAUGAAACCAUCUGAACGUGUUCCUGGUGCAACCAUGUUGCUUGCAAAGCUCGCACAAGAUGCUGGGCUGCCUGAUGGUGUGUUGAACGUAAUUCAUGGUGCGCACGAAGCGGUGAAUUUCAUUUGUGACGAUCCAAGCAUUCAGGCAAUCUCUUUUGUUGGUUCUGAUCAAGCUGUAAGUAUUUCACCCUGGUAAUCCUUGUUUAAAAAUGAGAUAUGGCGGAUUCUAUGUGGAAAAAGUUUAAAAUUAAAUGUGUUCUUCAUAGGGAAAGUAUAUAUAUGAUCGUGGUUCUCAAAAUCGGAAAAGAGUUCAAUCAAAUAUGGUGAGUCUUUUUCGGUCACAAUUCUUUUAAAAUUUAACCCAUUUUUUCAGCUGUCAGAUCACAAGAAUUGACUGUUCAAAUGUUUCAAUAUAUUCCAGGGUGCAAAAAACCAUGGUGUCAUAAUGCCUGAUGCAAAUAAAGAUCAUGCUCUUAAUCAGGUAAUAUUUAAAAAUUCUGAACCACCACUAACUGUUCAGCAAGUUUCAACGAAUGAUUUCAACUAAAUUCCAACCUUUUGAUUUUUGGUCCUGUAGCUUGUCGGAGCAGCUUUCGGUGCCGCUGGUCAGCGGUGUAUGGCACUGUCCACUGCGAUAUUUGUGGGUGAAUCUAAAGACUGGAUCCCAGAAUUUGUUGAGCGUGCAAAGAAACUGAAAGUAAAUGCAGGUAGGUUCAUUUUUUGUUUGCACAUAGGUCACUAUGUCACGCACUGGGCGCCAUCUUGGUUGAUCUGUGAGUUUACCUUAGCUUGUUUAUUGGUUUGGUUUACCAAUGGGUAACCAUAUUGUGGAUAGCUUUGUGGUCUCUGGCUUGAUAUAAUCUGCGCAUUAUAGAAUGUAGUACAGUUAUAAGUGUGUUUUAAAAAUCAACCAACGUGGCCUCGAUUGCAAAGGACUAUUAACAUAAAGCUUAGGAACUGAUGAAACUGAAUCUCAUAUUCAGAAUAUAUACUUAACAGACCCAACUCAGCAAAUAACUGCAGUCACCAGGUUCCUAGCCAGUGUGCUAACAAGAGGCACUCACCCCUCUGAAUGCUCUGCAUUUUCAAUGUUUUCUGUGGGAUUUACAGCCUCUCCUUGGUGCACUGGCUAGGACCAUGCAAUGGCGGAGAUUACGCUGACAUCAAAGGUACGGACAAGGAGUCGAAGCUCUGUGUCUAUACUGUGCUUGUAUGAUAGCGUUUAUUUCUUUUGUGUAGGACAUCAACCUGAUGCUGACCUGGGUCCAUUGAUCUCUCCCCAGGCCAAAGAUCGUGUGUGUGACUUGGUUCAGUCUGGUGCAGACGAAGGAGCCACGGUAAAUGAAUAAUUCAGUAAAUAAAGUAUUACAAUAUUUGUUUCUAUGCAAUGUCCGAAUUUGCAGCCAUUCAAUGUCCAGACCAGAAUUUCUGUCUCUAUUGACAGAGAUUUAUUUUUGUCCAGGGAUUUUGAAAAUCUGGCUAUUAAAAAAAGGACCUGCUUGUAAGUUGGUCAAAAUUUUCCAGUCAGAACGGUCCGAAGGCCAAACGUUUUGUAUUCCAUCAGUUUUGGAUUGAGAAAGAUACAACUAGCAUGAAAAAUAUAGAAGCAGAACUUCGACCUUCUUCGUUAUUAACUUCUCGACUGAAGGGCCUUCGCUUAUAUUUUUUACGCAGUUGUAUUUCUCUUGAACCGCAGCUGUCGUCUUAUCGUCGCUCACAACACUGGCACAGACCAUUCUAUUCAAUAAUUUGAUCAAACUGACCGUAUUAAAGGAGCAGUGUCACGGUUCUGCUGCGCAUCCAAAAUAUGCGCGAACUUGAAAAACUGUCUGCCAACAAUUAAUCAAGUUAGGAGUGAAAUACGAUAUACUAUACUAUUUAUAAUCGCUUCAUUAUGCAGGACAUCCUUGCGUUGUUUUAAAAAUUGAAGGCUGCUGCAUCUUUUCCAAUCAUGUAGCAUUAAUUUUAAACGUUUCUUUGCGCCGUUUAUUUUAGCCAAUCAGCGCCGUGACACUGCCCCUUUAAUGGAAAGCACCCUUUGUUUGCUUUCAUUUUUAGAUCGAUUUAGAUGGGCGAGGUGUAAAAGUCGAGGGUUACGAAAAAGGCAAUUUUGUUGGCCCAACUGUGAUAUCUGGUGUUAAGGUUGGUGAAAGCUCAUCGUAUCGUUGAAUACAAUGUAUUGAAAUCUAAAAAUUGAAGCCAUUUCGAUUUGGCCCCUGAAUUUAUCCCAAUCAGAGGUCGGCACACCGUUCCUUGCUACACACGUAAAAACGCACAAGUUGUAACAAACUUGCAGCAGACUUGUAGCAAUGCUGUUUCAACAACUUGUCAACAGGAUGUGUUCGCACUGCUUGUUCCCAACUUGUUGACAAGUUGUCAACGGCUUGCUACAAGGUUGUUGAGUUCAACAGACUUGUUACAAGUUGUUCCAACAACUUGUUAUCGUCCUGCAAUUCAACAAUUUGUUAUUUGUAAACAAGUUGUCAGUGACAACACUGACAACCUUGUAGCAACUUGAUAAAUUAACAGCAUUGUUACAACUUGACAAGCUUGCCACAAGCCUGUUGCGAACACAUCUUGUUGACAAGUUGUGAGAUUUUUUACGUGUGUACAGUACAGUACCUAACAUAAGUAUUAUAUGCAAACUGUAAAUUUUUAGCCAAACAUGAAAUGUUACAAAGAAGAAAUAUUUGGACCUGUCUUAUUGGCGAUGACAGCUGAUAACCUUGAAGAGGUAACACGAAUAUUAUUCAUAUCUUGCUUGUUAAUUCAAGGUGCGACAAUUCGCGUAGUCUUACGCACCGGAGGUACGCCAAUACUUCGUGCGUUCUCAGCCAAGUACGACGUAUGUACCUACGUGAUACUUUCACUGCGUCUUUACUUAUCUGCGCACUUCCAUUUUGCGGAAGUUGGUAAAUCCGUUGCAGUCAAUAGUUGCAGUCAAUAGUCACGUUUUUGACAACACCGGACGUCACGCAAAAAUUGGUAUAACUAAUUUUGGCGGCAUUUUGCCUCGUAUCGCUGUCUAAGAAAGCAAAAAAAAUAUUUUAAUCUUAUGUUUUGUCACAUGUGUUGAAGAUUACUACAAACUGACACAAACAUAGUUUUUAUUCCAGUCCCCUCUCGGUAAUCUGACGUCCUUGUUGACAAAAACGUCGCUUGCUAAGUUCCCUAAUAGGUAUUUCUUUUAAGUCUGGCGUCAGCAUGCAUAAAUUAUUUUGUGACGUCACAAAAUAAUUUGUGCUUGCUGACGCCAGAGUUUUAAGAAAGGUCUAUUUUAGAGUUCUAUAUAUGCAAUUCUAUUUCAUUCUUAAAUAUAUUUUAGAAAACUGUCCUUUAUGUACUUUAUGUUAAAGACUAAGUACACCUUGAAUCUUCAGUUUAACCUGGGGCCGGUUGUAUCAAGCAAGCAAUAGAAAGCAAGUCUAUAGUUUCAUUCAACAACCAAACUAAAAGUUUUGAACCUUAAUAGAACGAUAAUGUUUACAACUACAUAUUUAGUGCACAAUAUUUAAGUUGACUGAUUCACGAGAGAGAAAAGAGUGUUAUUUAAUUUUGACUUAUCCACGGGCUUGAUACAACCGGCCCCUGGUUAAUACAAAUCAACGGACAAUUUUAGGGAAUUGAUAAAUUCUAUAUCUUCGUACAACCGACUACGCAGCUAUCUCACAUGCCUAGUCACUGCUGGUCUGAUAGUUAGUAUAGUUAGACAAAGCUAACCAAGCAUUUACGUUAUAAUUGUGAAUGAAUUGGAUGACCAACGGGCCGGUAACAUGCGUCAUCUCAUUAGAUCCAUUCAUGUACAUGCGUGUACUCUUUGCAUUUUAAAUAUUCACGAGUUUGAUCAAUUUUAGGCGGUCGAAAUAAUCAACAACAAUGAAUAUGGUAACGGUACUGCCAUCUUCACUUCGUCUGGUGCCGUAGCGAGGAGAUUUCAAAAUGACGUGAACGUUGGCCAAGUAAGUUUUAACAUUUGCAAAAGUACUCGUGUCCAGUACUUGUCCAGAACCUUGACAAUGAUUUUCAAAUAAAGCCGAAAUAUCACCGCAUAUCGUGUAUUCUAUCUUGAGAGCACAAGAUGGUUGGGAGUAAUGGAGUAUGUUUUGUAUUGUACUAGUCUGGAUAUCUAGUAAAGGCCACCUCUUUCUUAUCGGUCCAGUGUUACUACGGGAGGAAACGUAUGUUUUUUGGUAGUGGCACGCUAAAAUGCCUUUCCCACGCCUCGCCUCCCUAAUUUUUGCUGCCCGCACCCCAACCCCUACGCAGGUCACCAGCACUCCAAUUCCAUUCGUAGCUAAAAUCUCUAUUAUGUUUCAGAUCGGAGUCAAUGUCCCCAUUCCAGUUGCACUGCCCAUGUUUUCUUUCACUGGUUCACGAGGAUCGUUCUUGGGCUCUUCUCAUUUCUACGGAAAAGAGGUAAUAGUACUCGGAGAUGACUUUAUUUUGUCUGUUCUAGCCGCCAAGUGAAAAAUACCAACAGAACUUCACGUUUUGAAAUUAUAAAGAAAGCCACAUAAUCUUGAUAUUUACCCAUAACUUAUACAUAGCAGUACCCCAGUAUAUAUACAUGAACUUGUGGUUAGAGCUCGACAACUGGCCUCUGUAGCGGCCGCAAUAGUUGGUUAGAGUACACUGGAAUCGCAGGGCCAUGCACAGGUUCCUGCCAGGAACCUAAAGUUGCAUUUUUCACAGAGCUGUUCCUGGUUAGGUUUAAUAAAUGUAUAUAAAUUUCCACUCGGCAAUUUCCAUCUACAAUACCCAUCAAAUAAUGACAUGUUUCUACAUGCAGGUGUAUCAAAAAAAUGUACGCCCUUUCAAAUUCAAAUUAACCGUAAUCUAUUGUAGUAAUUUGACAGACGUAUAAUUUCUCGAAUUAAUGAAUGCGUGAAAAUACAAGGUCUUCUGCACAUGGGAAUUUAGGGUAACUUCUAUUUGUAUGAACAAAUACAUAAUUCAAAGAAAAAUGUUUAAAUUAAAGUGCCUAUAUCAUGGUUUUGGAGUUUGCAUAUCUCGAAAGUUUAGGGUAUUUUAAGACACUUUGCGAUAUAUUUUGUUAUUGAAAAAUUUCAUCUUGACGGAUUUAUUAGCUCUUAAAGUUACCGGACAUGACGUCAAAAGGAGAAUUUUGUUGCAAUGAUACAAAGGAAAACUGAUUUGCAAUUCUCCUUUUGACGUCAUGUCCGGUAACUUUAAGAGCUAAUAAAUCCAUCAAGAUGAAAUUUUUCAAUAACAAUAUAUAUUGCAAAGUGUCUAAAAAUACCCUAAACUUUCGAGAUAUGCAAACUCCAAAACCAUGAUAUAGACACUUUAAGCAUUAUUCAAGUCUGCAUAAGAUAUAAAAUGGGCCAGCUUACUGCAGAGCAACGAAUAUUUAAAAAGGUUAUGGCUAAUUUGAAUUUGGAAGGGUGUACAUUUUUUUUAUACACCCUGCAUGUAUAUAACUUAAUUCACACAUUGAUUGUGCUUAUAUCAAAACCCUUUUCUUUUUCCUCAUUAUGUUCAUUAUGAGCCAAAAAUGCCGGGCAAGGCCUGGUCGCAUGGCAUUACCGUUUAUGCCCGUAGGCUAAUGACGUACGGUAUGGCCAACGCUUUUUUUGUUGGAUUAUGGAUUUUUCUCGUCAAUAUUAAGGGCAGGAGGGCAAAAUAUGAAAAUUAAAAAAAAAAGAAUUGUCUAAUAUCUAAUACCACACGCACAGUGACAUGUACAUCCAAAGUCAAAGACUACAUCGAAGUAAACACCGCUUUCUUCGGGCAGGCCCUCAAUUUUAUAGGGGUAAUCCUCCCCCGGAGCCUGCCAAAAUCCUGCCCGCUGCAAAUCAGGCCCCCCAUAAAAUUGAGGGCCUGCCACGCAGGCUAUCUUCGGCCAUGUUUCACGUGGCGUGAUCAUGAGUGACAAUUGCGUGUUGAAGGUUUAGCCUCCACGUCAGCCUGACUAAUUUAUUCUCCACAUUUUAUAUUUUUGGGUGUCUUGCUGGGAAAAUAAAUACUAGUACUUUCUAAACUAUGGUCGGAUGAAAAAAAAACUGAUAGGCGGCAUUUAUAUUUUUUUCUGCUUUUUAAAAAUACAAGGUUGGGAUAUCCGUAAUCCAACAAAAAAAAAACGUGGCGGCCUAAUGCGAAUGGAAUAUAAGACAAAAGAAAAUUCUUUUAGCUUUGUCGGCUAAGGAUAAUUAUUUUCAUAUUCCUGUUUAUGCUCAGCUCGUGUGAGUUUAAAUUAUAAUUUGUUCCUGUUUUAGGGCAUAUCGUUCUAUACACAGGCUAAGACUAUCACCAGUUUAUGGAAAGAAGAUAUUAGUUCUGUUCAAAAGACAGCAACGGUUAUGCCUACGAUGAAAUAAAUACGUGAGUUAUGAGUUGGGUGAAAAUUGUAACUAUAUAUACCACUGAAACCGUUGAAAUCCAAACGUGGAAUUAUACGCAGAACUUUUAUUGUAUAGAACAUAUAGAUGCCUCUGAUAUCCGCCAUGUAUGAGGGUACAUUUUCCCAGAAACAAUGACAAAAAUAUUUCUUAUAAUUAAUCGUAUGUCAGAGAACGCACAGUAUAUUUCUGUUUCUAAAACGAUGAAACGGGUAAUAUAAAAUUGAAGAAUAUAAAUAAAGUUUAGUUUAGGUUUCUUCCCCGGAUUUCCUGUAAUAACACGACUUAUAAUCCUUAGUGUACCUCCAGGAAGAUUUGAAGAGAAUUGAUAGAGCUAUCCGGAAUCCAAGUUGAACUAAGCUUAAGCCG